GUCUCUGUGAAAUGAUCAGGCACAAACUGGGAGGGGGAAAUCGUCUUCUACUACAGAAUUAGGAGCCCCCAGAAGUAAAAAUGGCGGCGUGUGGCACAAUGUACGAUGGCCCCUGGAUAACGUGUGGGAAGUAGACGAGAAAUACAAACAUAACUAAAAUAUCUGUCCUGGGGAGUGUUUUGUUUGCUUGCUUUGUUUUCAUCUCAUGUGUACUGUGAUAGUAAAGUGCAUCCAGGUUCUAGGACCUUCUGGUUCUUUAGUUAGUUUUCCUCAAAACUUGUACAUGCUGCCUGUGGUUUUAACUUGAUGCCUGGGAGGAAGAACUGCUCAGAUUCUCACACUUUUACCACAUGUACUGGAAUCCUUGUUGUUACUACUACGAUGUCGUGGGUGAAAGCUGCAGUCAGCCGGCCCAGUGAGGAUGUGUUUGAUGAAGAUGCUGAUGAACUGCAUCUAGUGCAGAAAGAAUGGAAGAGCACCAUGGAGAAAAGAGUCAAAGAAGGUUACAGAGAUGGUGUUGAGGCUGGGAAAGAGCUUUCACUUCAGCAGGGUUUCAAUCGGGGUUACAAACAGGGUGCUGAGUUGAUGAUGACCUGUGGCCAACUCAAAGGGAUCCUUAGUGCACUCUUGUCUUGGUGUCACCUUAAUGGACAAAUUUCUGCUUUGCUGAGUAAAAUAAAUAACCUCCUGGCUGAAGUUGGCAAGUAUGAAAAAUGUGUGCUUAAGUAUAUGAACUCUAUCAGUGCACAGCCCCACCUUGGAGAGUUAUUGGAUUCUGUUCAGGACAUGGACCUUAGUCAUACAGUUCCAGUGGAGAAUGAAUUUGAUGCAACUGAAACUGGAAGACUCUGUGAAAAUGAGUCUGAGUUGAGUGAAAACUCUUGCAGGAGUAAUGGUGGUGCUGACUCCUUGCAGUCUGACAGUUGGAGGAGGACAAAAGAACACACACAUUCUGAAAGGCCAACCCUCGCUUGGCUUAAAGAAGAGACCGCCUGCUUAGGAGAGCAGCUAGGCUUGUCACUGGACAUAUUACAGCAUGUCCAACAACUGGAAAGCUAACUUUUCUCUUGUGCCAAAUGGAAGCCAAUUCUAAGAACUAACUUGACAGGCUUGUAUUUUAUUUGUGGCUCAAAGGGUGAUGGUCAUACUAGUCAUUUAAUUUCAUGGGAAUGUAGUGAUCUGAUUCUAAUGUUUCCCUUUAAAAUCUAAUAAACCAACCCUUGCUCUCAUCA